AUGUUUGAAUGUCACGAUGCACCAAUAAGUGGGCAUCGUGGCCGUGAGAAGACUUAUCUCACGGUCAGUCGCGACUUUUACUGGCCACGCCAGUAUAAGUUCGUGCGCAAGUACGUGCGUGCUUGCGAGGUGUGUCAACGAGUGAAGCCUAGUCCUUCACUCCGUGCACCAUUGCAGCCUCUACCUGUUCCGGAAGAGUGCUGGAAGUCCGUAUCAAUGGACUUCGUCUUUGGGUUUCCCAAAGACGCUCACGGGAAUAAUGGUAUUCUCGUGUUUGUAGACAGGUUCAGCAAGAUGGUACAUCUUGUUGCUGUACCUGAGUCGAUCACAGCAGAGGGAUGUGCACGAGUGUUUAUCGAUACAAUCUUUCGAUUGCACGGUUUACCCCGUGAACUUGUGUCCGAUAGGGACCCCCGGUUCACGGCUGAGUUUUGGCGUUCCACUGAACGCGCCAAUCGCGUCCUCGAAGAGAUUCUUCGAAGGUACGUCCACUCUUUUACAAGUUGGAGUGAGUUCUUGUCGAUGGUCGAAUUCGCCAUCAACAACUCCGUGCAUGCGUCCACGACGCAUACACCGUUCUACGUGAAUGGCCUUCGCCAUCCACGUGUCCCCACCUUAGUAGAGGAUGACUCUAAUUUAAGGGGGGGGACUCGCUCGAGCGAGAACCAAUCUGGCUCUAGCUCAUCACGCGACGACGUUAUGGUCGACGCGAAAGUAACCGAAAUCGUACCAUUCGACUUCGGUGAAGAGGAAGAAAGUAAGAGCGAUGACGCUCUUACUGAUAACGAUGCUGAUGAUAUCAGCAUCGUUCGAGGUAUCACAAGUGAGAACAGUAAUGUUCUUGCUAAGUUAGUAACCGAUAUCUCUGCAGUGCACUCACAAUGCACUGCAGCCAAAAGCAACGAGUCAGCUGAGGAUUUCCUGCUGACUCGUGAAGCGGUAGUCCGUUUCGUGCAAGACUCCAUCGCAGAAGCGGUGGAUAAGCAAAAGCGAAACGCAGACAAUAAUAGAAAGGCAAAUGCUCAGACAUUUAUUGAAGGUGAUUUAGUUUUACUGUCAACAGUAAACCUACCUAAACAUGUAGUGACUAACGUGGGAAGCAAUAAAUUGUUGCCCAGGUACAUCGACCCGCUUCGUGUAUUGCGCCGCCUAGGCAACGCAUACACGAUCGAGUUUCCACGCAGGAUGCGUACGCAUCAUACGUUUUACGUGGGACGUCUUCGUCCGUACGUUCAGUACGCGGCUUCUUCGAACGGCGAAGAUAGCCAUUACUCUCAAGAAUCCCCUUCAGAUUCUUGUUGUCAAGAACCAGAUUUGAUACCUGGUCGUGUAGAGAUGAGAUCGUCCCAUGAUAUUGGACGAUCUUCUGACGAGCUGUCUCCAGCUCGUUACUUAAAGAAUGAAGUCGCCGUUCAUCCUCCAUUAGUGCGACAGCAUUGUUUUCCCGAGACUUCUCAUGGUCAAACCCAAGCUGUCGCACAAUGUCCUCUAAGCGGCGACGCUUCUCCCGUUAGUGGUCAACAUCACAACGUAGCUCACGAGUUACACGGGCAAACCCGUCUAACUCAGCAGACAAGUCCGAUGAAAGAAUCGGACAGGGUUUUCCCUCCACCACCGCAUCCGCUGGUGGACUUCCAUGGUGGGAAGCACUUCCUCGUGGAACGCUUACUAUAUUACCGUGAGGUGAAGGGACGUCGGACGAGUUAUCUCGUCCGGUGGCGUGGCUAUCCGCCUUCGGCGGAUAGCUGGGAACCUCGGGCCCAACUGAUGGCCGACGUUCCCGGCCUUGUCGAACAGUACGACAAGGGACACCCGAUGGUGAAGGACCAUCGGAAAACGAGCGCCCAGCGCGCUCGUAAAGGGGAUUGCAAAGUAGCAAUCCCUUCACGCAUCUCAGAAGAGAUACGAGCUCUCCACCAGGGCUCAGUAAGGAGGUACGCCUCCUUAGGCACUCUUGACGAGGUGCUCAGGCACCCCGGGCAUGGUUCGCCCCAAAAGAGGCAUAACAGGCCUGCCUCUCUAGAUAACCGGUGCAAACGAUAG